AUGACGGCUCCACUAAAUCUUGAAGAAGGUCAAUCCAUAUACCACCCACCCAAGUUUGAUGGAAAAUGCUAUUGGUGGUGGAAAGCGAGAAUGCAUGAUUUCAUCAUGGCUGAGGAUUGCGAGCUUUGGGAUGUUAUCUGCGAUGGUCCAUUUGUUAUAAUUAAGGUACUAAAUGAAUUUCCAUUUUCAAUAAAAAAGACCAGCGGAGAAUACGCUGAAGAAGACAAGAAAGCAAUGGAGAAGAAUUUUCAUGCCACGAAAAUUCUGGUAUAUGGUUUGGAACCUAAAGAGUACGAUAGAGUAUCUACACGCAACACUGCCAAGGAAAUAUGGGAGGCUUUGCAAAAAGCCUAUGAGGGAACUACACAAGUAAAGCAAGAUAAAUCUAAUACUGAUGAUAGUUCUACGAUGGCAGUUGAAGGCGAGGAGAUUGGAUAUGACUCAACACUUGCUCUGAUGGCUCAAUCAGACAAUGACGAAGACAAUGACAACAAAGAGAAGGCCAUUGAAAUUCUUAGAAAAGAAAAGACUGAUCUCUUGGCAGAAACUGCUGACCACAGGGAACUAAUAGCAAAGCCCUUGACUGAGUCAAAACCUGAAAGCUCUGAAAGAGGAAAGGAGAUAGUAAGUGAAGAAUAUUCUAGGCUUGAAGAUGAGGUGAAGGCCUUGAGAUGUAGGAUGGGUGCUGAAAUUGAGAAAAACGAGCUCCUCCAAACCAAUCUAGAAAAAGUAAUGAAUGAUCUUGAAAAGUCUCUAAAGUGGACCUGGUCCGUAGAGUCUACCACUACCUUGCUCACUAAUAACAGUGAAAAAGGGCGGAGAGUAGGGUUUCCACGGAAGAAAUAUCCUUACAACCCUCACAGUAAGAGCGCCACUACAUCUGACAGCUGGCCUUGUACCCAAUGUGGGAACACUGGGCACUCCAAGGAAGGUGUCCAGGCUAAGAAUCAAUCAGUCCCAAAAGAUAAAGUGGCUACAAAAACUGGAAUAGUGAAGGGAAGUGAUCAAAAAUGGUUCAUGGAUAGUGGAUGUUCGAAACACAUGACUGAGAACACCACAAACAGUGGUAAUCUGAGUUGUCUGAAGGCUGUUGACGAUGAUGCUGAACUAUGA